AUGAUUCAGUCGUAAUUAUUUGUGCUAUAGUUUCCAAACUAAUUAACUUGUCACAGUGUGUUAGUUACAAAAAUAUUGUUCUAGUACACCGCGGAUAAGGGAAGAUUUUGAUUCUGGCCGGUCCAAAAACAAUGGUACCUCAUCCGCCUACAGCGACCACUGUAGGGGCGCAUGAGAGGUAAAGAGCCGCGUGUGAUGCGAUCAGGAUGCUGGGGGUACGUGCUCCGUGCCUCGUGGCGUACGUCGCGGGCCUGCUGGCUAUCGCGCGCGGCAGCAUUAUCGUCUACACAGAGGAGGUGCCACAUACUAUAGCGGAAGAAUUUCGCGACAUGCCCGCCAACUUCGGGCCGGACCUGCCAGUGGACGGGCUGCGAGGGUUACUCGUGGGUGGGGAGCCCCAUGAUGGUUGCCAGCCACUCAUUAAGCCGCCGCAAAUUGACAACUUUACCGGCAAAUGGAUCGUUCUUGUUGCUAGAUAUAAUUGCAGCUUUGAAGUGAAAGUGCGAAAUGCACAGGCGGCUGGCUACGACUGUGCCAUCGUACAUAAUGUCAAUUCCAGUGAUUUAGAGACGAUGUCAGCGAAGAACGCGGACGACAUAGUGAUCCCGUCCGUGUUCGUCAGCGACGUCGCGGGUCUCAGUCUUGUCGAGGAAUAUAACUACACAAGGGGUUACUAUAUAAUGGUGAACGGCGACCUACCUUUCAACAUCAAUACGCACUUGCUGCUUCCGUUCGCGAUCGUGGUGGUGCUCUGUCUCAUUGUCAUUCUUAUCUUUAUGAUAGUGAAAUGCAUAAAGGACAGGCGGCGCGCGCGGCGGCACAGACUUCCCAACCGCUGCCUCAAGAAGAUUCCUACUUGCAAGUUCAGCAAGGGUGACCCAUACGACACGUGCGCCAUCUGCCUGGACGACUACCAGGAAGGCGAACGGCUGCGUGUACUACCCUGUGCACAUGCGUAUCACGCGAAGUGCAUCGACCCCUGGCUGACGCAGAACCGGCGAGUGUGCCCGGUGUGCAAGCGCAAAGUGUUCGCAGCAGGAGAACGCGUCAGGAGACACUCCUCUGACACCGACUCGGAUGACACCGAACCGCUCGUAUCGGAGCCACCGCGGACGCAGGGCGGCACGUUCGAGCCCCAAAGCGAAAACCCGUUUCGUCGCGCAGCGCGUAUACGCAGCAUGCUGCGCGCUCGCCUUUGGCCGCAGCGUGACGCCACGGCCGACGCGGAGCAAACCGGCAGCGAAGAGGCGCCUGCACUGGUAGAGCAGCAGGAUAACGGAAAUGGAGAUGAAAGCCAUGCAGCAGAAGAAGAUACGGCACCGCUGAUACAGCCCACCGUAACGAUGUCGUCAGAGCGCCGCAGUCGCCGAUCGCGGCGCUCGCGCUCGUCGCCGCGACGCGCCGCCCGCGCGCCCCCGCCCCCCAAUGAUGCGCCCGCGCCCGUGCUCCACUCCGCAGAGCAUUCCAUCAACACGGAAACUCGCGGGGAGAUCGGCGUAGCUGCGCUGCCCGCGUCUGCGACAACACUCUCAACGUCUGCGCCGCACCAUUUCAACUUAUGAACGCGCUAAUUCGUUGCUCGUAAUGACGUAACCAUGCGUACGUUCGGUUAACAUUAUUACUUUAUGUCACGCCUUUGCUAUGGGAAGCUUACUUGUGUACAAUGAUUUACUGUUACAUAUAGAUAUUUCGUAUCCACC